AUGGUCUUAAAAAAAUUGUUGGUUGGUUGGUAGGUUUUUUUAUACUUCUUUAUCUAGAUAAUUGAUAUUGUACUCUCAGAUUAAACUUAAAUCGAUUCUCUUUGGUUUGAAUUAAAAGAAUAAAAUGCUUUGAUUGUAAAGACACUUCCUGAUCAAAAAAUAGUUUAUUGGUAACUUGAUUCAUAAGGAUAUAUUUAAAAAUAAGUAAACCUAAUUGGCUGUUAAUGUCCAAUAAAUGAAUCAGAUAAAUCUUUUGUGGAUUAGGAUGUGUUAUACAUAUUUAUUUAUAAUACUGGUGUUUACUAUACUGCUUAAUUUAACGAUAUUAAAAAUGCUUUAGAUAAAUCAUCAUAUGGAUUUUAUAUUAUAUACUAACAAUUUAUAGAAUCUUGGUUUAUAGUUAGAAAAGAUUUAGGUUUGAAUAUUAUUUAUGAUAAUUCUAGCCCUGAUAGCAGCAAUGUUAUAAUAAAGAAACGAGUCAAUUUAUUUUAUGAAAAUGAUAGUAAAUGGAUUAUUUAUUCUGAUCAUGAUGACAAUAAAAAUUAUGCUUUUUGGAAAGGAGUCUAAUAUUUAAUCCCUUUUGGUGAAUUUUCUAAUUAUUAAUACUAUCUCAUAGAUGAAAACAGUCAAUUAUUCUUUGAUGGUUUAAAUUCAAUCUACAAAUUAGAAUUUGAUAAUACUAAUAAAAUAUUAAUUUUGGAAAAAAGUAUUACUCUCGAUUAAGGGUCUAUUUUUUCUCAGCCUUUUACAAUUCCAGGAUAUCAAUAUUAAGUAAUUGUGGUCUAUAUAAACUAAUAACUCUAAUUAUAUGAUACAUAAACUCUAAAUUAGCUUUAUUCUAUUGAAAAUUCCUUAAUUGACAAAUCUUCUGUGUCAAAACCUUUCAAUUUAAUCCUAACAUAUCAAAAUGUAUUAAUUGUUGGUACAAAUAAAUAUACUUUAGCAUAUCAAUAAAAUGCUUUUUCAUCCUAAAAGAUCUCAAUAAAUAAUAAAUAUCUACUUCCAUGCACAGAUAUAGUCUUCAGAAAAUAUUUUUAAAGCAUAUUAUUUGAUUCAAAUAAUUAUUACUUUAUAACUAUGGACGAUUUAGUUUGUUUACCAAGUUAAUACAUGGAUUCAAAGUAAGGUUUUUGUAUUUGA